UAAGCUGCAGCGCAGAAUCUGCAGACUUUGGAGGUGGCAUUAAUACAGUUUUUGGCCCGUUUCAUGCCAGGUGUAAAAAUGCAUGCACAAGCACAUAAAAAAUGCAUACUUAGCUUUUAUCUACAAAAUCAGUUAUUAACAAAUCAUCAUGUUCCAAUCUAUAUUUCCCCAUUCAUUUGCAACAGAAAUUUGCUCCGCAGGAAGUCAGUUGCUAUACAUGGAAAGUUGUGAAUUACUUGUUUUACACACCUCUGAAUCCUUCUCAAAACCACUUCCUCUACCAAGGCAGAGAAUAUUCAUGUGGGUGCCACAGUGUUUUGGUGCAGGUGCAAACAGAACCAAACUGUAAGAACUCACAAUAGUUUACUGCAUGCUAAAAGGCGCAAAAGAAACAGAAACGAAACAGGGACCAGCAAUGAGGGCCUCAGUCUGUUUCUGCAUGCUCUUCUGUGCAGCACAAGAUUUUGUGAGUUCUGCUGAAACAAAGACAGUUGUGGAUUUGUUGCCCGUGGAGCUGGGCGCCAAUCUCACAUUGAGCUGCACCUACAACUGCUCCUCUGGAUUUAUUCGUGGCCACUGGAAAAAAGCCUCAGAUGCCCCUCGUCGCCAUAAUGGAAGCAGGACUGGUGACCUUUGCACUGUGUCUCUCACUCUAUCCAACGUGUCAACUGAAGGUGUAAAAGAGAACUAUACAUGUUACACCGAGGACACAGAGAAUCCUCAGCUUCCCCAGAAGAUAGUGCGCUCUGUGUCCAUUUUUAUUGUCCCCAAAAUGGCCCCAACGUCCAUAGCUGCCCCAAAGACUGAAACUAAAAAUGCAUCACUUUCUGCUGAACCAGGGGAUCAAAAUGAAGGAAUUAAAGUUUUGGCAUCGGUAACUGUUAUGGUGGCCGUGGUUCUUGCAGCUUUGGCAAUCUACUUGUGUGUGAACCGGAACAGGCAGAACUGCAAUGGUAAAGGAGAGCCCAUUACAUCCAGCUCAUGCUCACCACAAUCAAAACAUGCCAUCUUUCUACCGGUGAAAGGGACAUUGUCAGCACAAAGUGAAAAAGUAACUUUGCGAAUUCCUCAACCCGAUUAUGAGAGCGACACUGAGGUUCCGUAUGCUGACAUCAUGAUCACCGUCCGAGGGGUCAGCACACCUGAGCUGACUCAGGUUGGCUACUUGGCAACUGGAGAGUGGAGAGGAGAUACACCCAGAUCUGCCCUUCAGGCCUCUCGUUCAGCUGACAGACUAAACAUCCCCCAGCCCAGAGAGGUCAGCCGCAAGAUGAGCUCCAACUCCGAGUAUGCAGUCAUCACUUAUGCCUGAUUUCUGAGUGAAGCAACCUCAUGUUUUUAAGUCUAUUAUUUACAUUUUAUCUUGAUUCAAAACGUCAGUAAUGUCUGAUUGUUUGUUUGUGUGCUGUGUGUAAAACGGUGUAAAAUAAACAUUUACGUGAAU